AUGCGUCUCCUCCAUUCUCGGCUGAUAUUAUGGGGGCUCUGUUCUUUGCUCAUCCCUCAGAUAUCCUCUGUUCCAGUCCCCGAAGACCUCCACUCCCAAGACGUCCAAUCCUCCCCGAUUAACCCUGAAAAGACGCCUAUGCCACAAAGCCUCUCCCUCGACCAUUUACUUGAGAGUCGCGCCGAUACUACACGACCCAGUGGAUGUUUCCCUAAGGGGAAACAAACAAGUCCACGUGGGGAGGGCCAGUUCAAAUUUGUUAUCGCCCAGAAAGACUUAAAACAUGGUAUCUCCGAGAGAUGGGAAAAAUAUGCGGAGUUAGUACUCAAACACAAAUUGGGGGAUAGUGGCCCAGGCGAGCUCUGGGACGGAGUGCUCACCUACCUCGACGUGGCACAAAACAAGGCCCUAGGGAUUAAACCUGGAGUGCCAGAGGAAGUAACGGUCAGGACAUCACCCGGAGGAUCCGGCGAAUCGGUUCUAGUCAUGCCAAAAGCUAAGACGACUCUGGCCCAUGCUCAAACUCGACCCGGAGCAGUCAGUACGCGAAUCGCAAUAUGGGUUGCUGGACAGGCAUUAUUAGCUGCUAAAGCUGAGAAUAUCAUCCAUGGAAACUUGACGGCCGAAAGUGUGCUUUACGUUCAGAACAAUAUUUAUGUGACCAAUUGGGAUGCCGCUCGCGAAAUAAAUGAUAGGACCAUUACAGGAGAUAAAGGGUCACGGUUCUACAUGAGUCCAGAGGCCUUUAACGGAGAACCAUUUGAUGCCUACAUGAAUGAAGUUUUCAAGUUGGCCAUGACAUGGCUGAUCGCCGACCAAUGGGAGAAAAUGCAGUGGUACCAACAUCCCGACUCUCAUGCGGCAAAAGUGAUUGGAACCCUACAGCAGGGUAGGCCUCUUUUCUCAAUCCAGUGGGAGCCAAAGUACACUGACCCAUUCACCAAUCUUGGGCCUGUCAUAACUGAUAGGAAAACCGGCACAUAUCCAGACCUUGCUCAGUGGACCGGCAUGUCCAACGAUUCGCCUUCCUGCCAAAAGUCUGGGCUAGCUAAUAUCCGCUUCCCGGUCGAUAUCCAGGGAUAUUCCACCCAGGGCGUGAAGGCAGUUCCUGCAGACUCGACUGCUUUUCCGCCUCGGGACGGAAACCUCAUCGCGCCGCUUAUUAUCUAUGAGCCUGCUGGGGAAGACCUUGAAGCCGAAGCACAUGGAUUCGGGGAAUCCUGGCGAGGCAUUAUCGUUGAAGCGCGUGGCCAGAAAGAAAUGUGCAGUUAUGUCAAUUACGUCGUUGGCAGGGAAAGACUGCAGAGGCUGGAGAAGCUGCGUGCGUUGAAGACCAAGUAUGAUCCAGAUCGGCGACUCAACUUCUAUGCACCCUUCCCUUGA